AGAUAUUAACAUGAAAGAAGUCAUUGAAAUUAAGGAACAAAAAAGAGAAUUGUCAGCAUUUUUAAAGUUUGAAACUGGCCAAUUAUUAUAUUCAUCUGCAUUUGUUGUUGGCAUAUAUUCAGGCAUAGAACAAUUAGGUAAAGAAUUUGAAAGUAUGUUAAGAUGGCCAAUAGCCAAAUUCGAA